AUGAAUAAUAACAAUCAAUACAACCAACAAGAUGUCGAUGAUCCAGAUAUCCCCAAGACUGCAGUAAAUAAAAAAGAUACUACUGCUGUUAAUGCCAGCAGUUUAUGCCAACCAAAUGAAUUUUUAAGAGAUGAUGACACUCCUGAAUGUUGGGACUUAAAACAAGCAAAAUAUUUCAGCGAAGAAUAUCCAUGGCUGUAUUUUAAAAACAAAAAGUUGGGUUGUAAUAUAUGCCAUGAUUUAAAUUUAAAUCUUAAUAAGAAUCAAGGAUCUCAUGUGCAUGUAUCUUCCAACUGGAUUCAAUGUGACAUUGUUCCAUCUGGAAAUAGUAUAUCCAAGCAACAAGCUAGUUUGAGAAAAAAGAUCACCAAGCAUAAGUGUAGUCAAUCACAUAUCAGUGCAGAGAACACAAUUAAACGCAGUAAACUAGAAAUUAUGGAUAAACAA